GUAGUUCCACAUGACUUUUCUAAAAAAAAAAAAAAAUUUAUGUAAAUAAAGUAUUUUUGUUUAAGUUGUAACUGACAGUGACACACAAAGAUAGGCUAUAUGAAAAAUACGUUUCUAUAGCCUAUAUUAUACAAUCUAGCCUUUGCGUAGUAAUGAAGUAAAAGUGAAAGAAAAGUACAGAAAGUAUCACGUGAUCAUUUCUGGACGCUUCGUCGCUGAUAUAAGGAAGCUAAGGAAAUAUGUUUUUCAAAGAGGAAAUGCUCUAAGAUAAGACCUGAUCGUACGGUUAUAGUGGAUUCCAGAAAUACUGAAAAUGGCUGAGGCUAAAGAAGUGUCAGUAACUAAGAAAGGGUUUUCUCUUGUUUGCCCAUCUGACAUCGUGUAUUGUGAUCCUGGAGACGAUGUUGUUCUGUCGUGUCAUCUUGACCCAGCUAUCAGUGCUGCUUCUACGGAGAUCAAGUGGAAAAUUAGGGCUGAUCUGGUCUAUCAUUAUAAGAAUGGAGAGGUGAUAGAGAGCUGCGAGGGUCGAGUGAGUCUCUCACUGGAGGAUAUACACAAUGGAAAUGUUUCUUUAAACCUCAGAGGCGUCAGAAGAUCACAGAGGGGCAUCUACAUUUGUGAGGUCAUCCAUGAAAAUCAAACGGCGAAAGAAUAUAUUUUUCUCCACAUCAGAUCUGUAGACGUUAGUCUUGUGGUUCCUAAUGGUCCUGUGUUUGCUGAUCCUGGAGAAGAUGUUAUUCUACCUGCUCGUCUCCUACCUGAAACCAGUGCUGUGUUCAUGGAAAUCAGAUGGUUUAAAGGGAGAUGGUUUAUUUAUGAGUACAUGAACAGGCAGAGGUUAACAAAUUAUGACUAUGAUAAUCGAGCGAGUCUGCCCAUCCAGCAGCUGGAGACAGGAAAUCUUUCUCUGACUUUGAGAAAUGUUGAUCAGUCAGAUUCAGGAGACUAUACGUGUCUAGUUUCUCAUGCUGGAUUAGUGAAGAUAGGAGUAGUUCAUUUGCAAGUGAGAGAGCGUCAGAAAAAAAAGUGUGUUGACAAAUUAGAGGAGCUGCUGGAUGACCUGACAAAAAUACAAGACUUGCCACAUGAGUUGCGACUGAAAACAAGCGUACUUGAGAAAAGACUAAAACUGCUUCAAGAAGCACUGGAUAAUGAAGACGAGUAUAAAAGGAGAAAGAAAGAGAUGACUUAUGUUUUAGGUCCUACACAUAGACGAUUAAAUAGCACUGAAGGAAUCCGUCCCAUCAUGGGAGAAGAGACACAUUUUUUGGAAGUGGAAAGAGAGAGCAGUGUUCAGAUCACAAGACAAGAGAGUACGGACACAGAGCAAGUGUUAUCAUCUCCAGAUACGUCACGGGUUCUACAAAGAGAAAGCACAUCAGCUAACACAGUGAUGCAAACUGAUCAGGAAAGGACACGAGAGAGCACUGCCGUACAACAAGAGAGAUCCUCCCCGGAGGUACAAUCAGCAGAAGGAAGUAGGACACGAACACCAAGGAGGCCAGAAGACACAGCACAAAGUGGACAGCAAAAGACAAAUAAAAACUGCCAAAUUUUGUAAUUAAAUUAUAACAAAAAAAAGUUUUUAUUAAUUUAUUAAUUAAUUUAUAAAUGAAUGCAUUAUAUAUAUAUUUUCCUAAAAUAGGCUUCGGCCAAUUGCAAUGUCCCUAUUAACUAAACAUAUAAAAUAAUAAUACAAAUUAUUGGUUUGGGUUGUCUUCAUUCAAUAAAGAGCUCCUUCUAGCCACAAUACAAA